AUGAGCGCCAAUUCAGCAAAGCUUGGCCAGGGUGCCAAAAUACCACAAUCAACCACCUCCAGCAUGACAUCAAGCAAUCCGUCGAUCUUACUGGAUAAAUUCAACGGAAGACGCUCAACCCCUGAUUCCGAGGCUUUGGCUAGUUCAGACGACGAAGGUGACCGCCAAGACCAUCACCAACCUGCAAUUCAACCCCAGAAGCCCACGAGACGAGCAUCUUGGUUGAACGACACGACUCAGUCUAGCGCUCAGCCUCGUAAAGGAUCCUUUGCUUCUAGCUCAAUGUCCCCGACAACAUCUCAUCCGAGCACACCUUCUGCCGAGUCUAGUACUUGGGGUGCACAUGCUCAAGGCACGGCUGGCGUUGGACGAGGGCAUUCGGGCUCAAGUACGUUUCCAUGGGGCAGUGGUAUUUGGAACAAUGACGCUCGGAAGGAGCCUCCUUCAAGACUCACAGAGGUCCUCCCUUCACCAACUUCAAUUCAUCCCUCGGGCUCUGGUAAUGGGUAUUUCGGCGACGUAAACCCUCCCAGAGAUCCGCCCCCGAACCCUACAAUUCCUUUUGCUAUUCCUCUCCAUCCUACACCAAAGACGUACCGGUCUCAAUCAUACUCGGUUGGACAACUGGAUCCCGAUUCACCUGCCUCUGCGGUCUCUGCUGCUAGUGGUCCCGGUUUCUCUGGACGAGGGCGACCACUACAACACUCUGGCCUUCAACAUCGUCCAUCAAGACCAAGCAUGCUAAGCGAAAUGUCAAAUGAAGGUGGCCUUAGUAAGCUAAAGGAAGUUGACGACGAUGACGAUGAAAGCACGAAUGGCUCUAACCACGGUGUGGCUCUUCAAUCAAAUGAAGCCAAGACGAUCGAAAUCCUCGCCCGCGAAAACGCAAUUCUGCGACAACAACAACAAUAUCAAAACUCGCGCAUUCGACCUCGGUCCUCCACGAGUAAUGCUUAUGGCUUAGGUGGGGCAUAUUCUAUGCAAGAACCGCUGCCUGAAGAGUCAGAUUACGCCAUUGAUGAGCUCGACGAGAUCAAUGAACUGCAAGAGAUUACUUCGAAGGGUCUGUUGGCUCGUAGAAUGAGCGAGUAUAGUGUGGCUGGUCAACAGCGUCCUCCCUCCUACAAUUCUCUUGAGAAUCGCAAGCUCGAAAACGUGAAGAAGGCCUAUUGGCAGAGCUCCCUUGGUUUUGGUGGACUGGCCGAUAUCCCUCAGAGUCGACGCCAUUCUUUCGCUGAUGUCCCGGCCCGGCAAGGUUCAGUGAGCUCUACUGGUGAUGUCUUAUUACCUCACGAGAGCAGCUUGCAAGAGAGUAUGUCUCCAAAGGAUUAUCAGAAUAGAUAUCAAGACACGACUGGCUAUAGUGUCAAUGAACAUGCGGCAAAUUAUUUCGGCGGUAUUGCUACCCUUCCUCGAAACGUCGACGCAUACGGCACCACAAUCUUCCAACCAUCCGCCUACCCAUACGCUGCGCAAUAUGGUGGGGGACGGGCUACAUCUCCUCAUCGUAGUAUGUACAGUGGUGGCCUUGCACAACCUCGCCACAACCAGCUCUUGUAUAUUGUCCUCUUCAAAUGCUCGAGAGCAGACGUUUUCUACGUUCAAGAAGGAACAGGUCUCUCGGUCAAGCCAGGAGAUCUUGUUAUUGUCGAGGCAGAUCGUGGAACGGAUUUGGGCACUGUCGCUCGAGACAAUGUCGACUGGGCAUCAGCCAAGGAGUUAAAGGAACAUUAUGCCGAGGAGCACUACAAAUGGCUUAUGAUGUACUCCCAAGGCGCAGCAGGCAAUUCCGAUGGCACCGGCGCUGGCUUAAUGGCGGCAUCGAAUGGUCUCCAAGGAAGUGCUGUUGGUGGAAUGGGACCCCCAAGCCAGCACGGCAUGCAAGAGCCUAAUCCUGGUGAGAUUAAACCAAAGAUCAUUAAGCGUUUGGCCCAGAACCACGAAAUUCAAGCGCUUCGAGACAAGGAGGGGAAUGAGGCAAAGGCAAAGAGAGUCUGUAUGCAAAAAGUCAAGGAGCACGGUCUUCACAUGGAGAUUCUCGACGCUGAGUUUCAGAUGGACUGGAAGAAGCUUACGUUCUACUACUUCGCUGAUGCUUAUAUCAACUUCAACUCUCUUGUUACGGACCUCUUUAAGGUGUACAAGACUAGGAUUUGGAUGUCUGCUAUAAACCCCGCCUCCUUUGCCAGUCCAUCCCUUGGUCUCCAAGCCCCAAGUGGCAUCGGACCAGGUGCUGUUGGUGUAAGCCGUACAGCUCAAAACGAGAGACGCCCACAACCAGCCGAGCAGUCCUCGUACGGCCUUCCUCAGGCAGGACGCGGCUAUCAAGGCGCUUUUGCCCAGCCCUUUACGUCUUCCCUAGAUAGAGCUGCAAUGCCCCCGACCGCUUUUCAACCUACAGGUUAUACAUAUGGGUACUCACCGUUCGCCGCUGCCCCCCGAAAUGUUACAGUCUCUCCCAGCGGCUUCGUUCCCAUGGACCCGUUCGGUGGAUUCCCAGCACCCUCGGAGUACCAAGGUCUUCCUGCUCGUUUCCCAUCCCCUCAUGGAACUACGCCGACCCACGAUACCAACGACUUCGGCAGAAAUUCCAAUGGUCUUCAGACAAACGAAACCUGGAUUAGUAGUUUUCAAGGCCUAUCCAUGAACACCCGCUAA